AUGACCUUCUCCGGACUGUUGAGCAAGGCACUCAAGCAAAAUGCCGCCGCCAACUCGGCUGCUGGAGCAACAAAACCCGGUGCAGUCGCCUACGCUACUACGACCACCUCAACGGGAACAACGCAUACGCAGGGCAACGCCAUGGUCUCGCCCAAGUCCGACACCUCCUCUGCCCCUGGUCCGGAUCCAGUAUUAUCCAUCAUGGCUUCAUCACCCUCACUGCCACCACAGCAACAACAACCACCGCAAUCGACAUCAAUUGAUCCAACAGUUCUCUCAGUCGACUCCCGUUCCCCCUCCCCUUCACAAGUGCAGUUGCUAUCAUCACCACCUGCACAACAACCUACAAUCACAAAGCUGGAUAUGAAGCAACCAACACCCCUCUCGCCACCCUCAACCACCCCUUCUUCCCCCUCCGCAACCGGUACUGCCGCCAAGAAGAAGCAGCAACAGCAACAGGUCCUGCAGAACCUGUCUACAGCCCAGAGUGCCUCCUACAGGAAACGCCUCAAUGUCAACCAAGUGUGCGAUUGGUGCCGGUACCGCAAGAUCCGAUGCGAUCGCGAGGCACCCUGCAACUCUUGCCAGCACUCUAAACGGGAGUGUAUUCGGACCCCUCCCGAGGUCCUCCUCAGCAAACUGAUCAACAAGGACGCCGAGGACUUUUCCACCACCACCGAAUCCACAACCACAAACUCUAAAGCGACCAAGAGGAGUAGUCCCGCCGACGAGCAAGACGACCAGACAUCAUCCCUGAAGACGAAAAAGGUCGCUCGUAGCAACAGCAUUUCACCCUCCUCCUCGUCCCACAUCAACGUCGAGCAUAACAACAGCAGCAACAACAGUACCGCAUCCACUACGCUUUCCGCUGCCAUGACCGGUCCCCACCCUCCAUCUGCCAUGGGCUUGUCUCUCUGCGGAGAGCAACCGCAGCAGCCUAUGACGAUUUUGUCAUCAGGAUUUCAGGGGACUCCAAGUAGUCUGCAGGACCAGGAGCAUUUAGAGCGAAUGCGGAGAAUUGAAAUGCUACUCAGUAACGUCAUUCCUGGGGCCGCCGAAUUUAUCGCUCACGGCCACCGCCACAACCACCAGAGAUCCAACAGCUUCUCGGCGGCACCAAGCGCGCAGCACGGACAGCAACAGCACAUUACGUCCCCUAUCUCGCCUGCACAGACUGUAGCAGGAUCCCCUCUUGGUCUCACACCGAUUCAGGACGAUUCUUACAUCGAGCGGAUGAAACGCAUUGAACUCUUAUUGGGAUCUGUCCAGGGCAACAACAAUGCAUUUGUGACCAAACUUUCUUUGGCGGUGCCUCCUUCUACUGCCGGCGCGGAAACCACAGGCAGCAAGUCGAGCAGCGACGACGAUGCCAGGAAGGAGCCGACACCAAUAACAAGGCGGAAAUACAAGGCGACCGGGACCAAAAAAGUUGCCCGGAACAGUGACGGGACCAUCAUCAAAAGACCCCAUGUAGCCGCUGGAUUCGCAGGCCAGAAGCCUCCACCAAAGUUACCCCAGGCCAUUGCUGAGGCUGCAUUGAGGAAGCUGGCCGGGAAGAAGAAGAAGCGUGCCUCUGCUUCUUCUGCUACCAGUGCCUCUGCCGCUGCGACUACUGCUGCGGUAGUAGCUGUUACCCCAGUUGUGGCAGCCGUCCCUGCUGUGACUACAGCUUCUGCAGCCCCCGUUGCCGCCGUGACUGUUGAAGGCGCCCCUGCCAGCCCUGUCUCUACUACCACCACUACGACUUCUCCCGUACAGAGCCCAAUCGUUCCACAACCCAAGGCAGUGGCGCCAACAGCUGUGAUGCUCUCGUCCCCGAGAUCCUUUGGCAUCCCUGCAACCAUCGAGAACCACCACCACCAAAUCCAGGAGAACACCCCACUCUCCUUCAACCAACAGCACCUGCAGCAACAGAAGCAACGCCAACGGCAACAAAAGGACUGCGGACAGGUCCUAGCUAAACAACAACAACAACAACAGCAGCAGCAGCAACAGCAACAGCAACAGCACUCUCGUCCUGGUCGAUUGAACACCCAGCUCCGGACGUCGACCUCGUAUCACCCUCAUCGCCAGCACCAUCAACGGCACACACCAGCACCUCCUUCUUCUUACCUUGGAGGAGGAGGACACCUGGCAAACAUCAGAUCAAUCUCAAUCCCAACAAUCCCACUCUUGAACACCAUGACAUCCUACGAGUCCCUUGUCGUCCCAGCCUGCAAUUCUGCAGAUUCCUCGCCAGCCUCGUCGCCCAGGACAUCGACCACCACCAUCGAGUUCCCUACCUUUGGCGGUAGCAAUGGGUCAUCGGUGUCGGUAUGUGGACUCGGGUCGACAUCGCCCCUGAUACCGAUGAACUUUUCGGGAUAUGACACCGCGUCGUCGCAUUACUCGUUGUUCAACCCUACUACGAUGCACAACGGUGGUGCCGGCGGUGCAGGGGCAGAUUUCUCGAUGGCGUUGAAUAUGACCCACCCUGGCCUUGCUGGUACCAUGGACCAACUCCACUCCCCCAACGAUGGCACCAACAGCCAAGUCCUCUUGCCAUUUGCCACCCACGGAGCAGCAGCAGCACCCAUGUACAACCCCCACUUCCUCCAACAGCAAGCAAUGCACAUCUCUCAAGAUACCAUGCCUCCUUCACCCACAUCCUUGGAAAUGCAGGACUUUACGAAUAGAGCCUUGCAGAUGACAGAGUCUCUUGAGAGCUGGAUGAAUAGUCAACUGAUUCCUUCACUCGACGUCUUCUCCAACAACAGCGAUACCACCCCUCUUCCCUACAUGAAUUCUUCUUUCCUUGCCGAUCCAGGGUUUGGACAGCCCGAGCCCCAGCAGAUGCAGCACCAGCAUCGUCCGUCGAUCCAGCACCAGUACCAGCAAAUGCAGAGCUUCUAUAUCCCCCAAAUGCAAGACGACGAGGAGGAUGACGAUGGUGUUGACGAAGUAUCGCACGAGUAA